GUCCCUCGGACACAGCGGAUCACCGAUCAUGGAAAGAGCCGAAGAUGUCGGCUCGGUCAUGUGAUCAGCUGUGUCCAAUCACAGCUGAUCACAUGGGACAUGUGCACUGAUGAUCAGUGUGCCCUGAUGAUCAGUAUAGCCCCAGCAGUGCCACCUAUCAUCAGUGCCUUGUGUCAGUGCUCAUCAGUGCCUCGUGCCAGUGCCCAUGAGUGCCAAAUCAGUGCCACAUAUCAGUGCCUACCAGUGCAUAUCAGUGCCCAUCUGAGCUGCCUUUCAGUGUCACCCAUCAGUGCCAGUCAGUGCCACCUAUCAGUGCUGCCAAUCAUGCCACCUAUCAGUGCCAGUCAGUGCUGCCUAUCAGUGCCAGUCAGUGCUGCUUAUCAG